CAGGAGAGGAACCCGCGGGGUAUCCCAAAAGCACCCUUCAUCGCGGACGUGGACGAAUACCUAGGUCCCACUCCGGACGUGGAGACAGCACUGAAAGAAUUCCAAGCGGCUCUUGCGAAGUACCGUUACAUGGAUCAUAAUCUCGCGCAGCGAAGACGUGGUCUGGAGGAGAAGAUUCCUGAUAUCAAGAAGACAUUAUCCAUGGUGGAGUUCUUGCAGGAGAGACGAGAAGGAAAGAGCAGCACUGAUGCAGGAGACGAUGACCUAACUGAUGACGAUGAUCUCGAUGAUGAGGACGCGGAGGGACCAAAGAAGCCGUUACAAACAACGUUCGAGCUGAACGACACGCUCUACGCGGAAGCGGAGCUGGAGGAUACCGACACAGUAUAUCUAUGGCUCGGAGCAAAUGUGAUGCUCUCGUACAAAAUCCCAGCAGCCAUCUCGUUGCUCGGGUCAAAACUCGAGGCUGCAGAGGCGAGCUUGCAGACCGUAGUGGAGGAUCUCGAGUUCCUGAGGGAACAGAUCACUAUUAUGGAAGUGAAUACCGCUCGCGUAUACAACUGGGAUGUGAAGCGGAGGCGAGAACUUAGAGAAAAGGAG